CAUUGUUGUGUCCAUUCUUCAAGCUGCCAGCAGAGUCACCUGAUGCCGGCAGGUCGGAGCGUCUCAAUCCAGGCCGCCCUGUCGUAAUAAUUGUCCGACCGAACCGAUCUGCUAGCCUCUGCGGCGCGCGCAGCUCCUCCCAUGCCUUCGUAAUCGGCCUCUGCCUGGGCGCGACGUGUCGCCGACGCACAUACGUGUCGGGCGGUAUUUACUGGAGCCACAAUAGCCUGCUCCAUCCGUCGUAGGCGAUAGUGGACCGGCCAGGUCAAUGCCUCCCGCUCGAGUUGGCGUAGCAGCAACGCGACGAUAGAACCGCCAGCCUGCCAUUGCUCGACCGACAGACACAAACUCUAGAAAAUGGGGGCCACCAUCUCCGCGAUCAAGGCCUUGAUCGUGCCAGCCGUCAUCGCCCUGGUCAUCUACCUGUUGCUUUCCUUCGUCGCCGUCCCGCUCUGGCAACGAUACCAGAACCGCUAUAGCCACUACAUCCCGCUGGACUCGAUAACAGACCGGACGUCGUCGCUGCGCCAGCGUCUCCAGGACCGCAUUGCUCAGUACCUAAGCCCCUCGAGCUGGCGGAGGGACCAUGCCCACGUCGUCGUGGGCGACCUGGCGGAUGACGACACUUCCGACACUGGAUUUGACUCGGAAGACGGCGAGGAGUUGAACAAUGUGGCCGACGGUACCGGUCGGAGAACGGAGCUGACUAGCAGGAGCAACCGGCCCGACCAGACGACGAGGUUAAGCAGAGACCUCGAGCAGGGAUUUAUAGACGAUAGCAGCAGCGAUAGCAGCGGUCGGUAGGCUUUGGCCUAUACCGUUAAUCAAAUG